AUGAUCAAUCUAAGAUUGCUCAAGAUCCGUAAUGUUCAACUUCCAGAAGGCCUUAAUUACCUUUCCAACAACUUGCGUUUACUUGAUUGGGAAGGAUAUCCUUUAAAAUCCUUACCACCACAUUUGCGAUUGGACAAAAUUAUUGAGCUGAAAAUGGAUCAGAGCCGCAUUGAGCAAUUGCCACAAGGAAUAACUGCUUUCAACAAUUUGCAAUCCAUCAGUUUUAAAAUGUGUGAGUACCUAAUCAAAACACCAGAUUUCACAUUUGCCCCAAAUCUCAAGGAUGUGGAUCUUUGUCAUUGUGAAAUGUUGCGUGAGAUUCACCCAUCUUUGUUGGUACACAAAAAGAUUACUAAAUUGAAUAUGAUGGAUUGUACUAGUCUUACAACUCUGCCAAACCAAAUUCAUAUGGAAUCUCUAAAAAGACUCGAUCUAUAUUGUUGCUACAAAUUGGAGAAGUUUCCAGAGAUUGUAGGAGGUAUGGAUUGUCUACGUUUCCUUUCUUUAAACAGAACAGCUAUUAAAGUACUGCCAAUGUCAAUUGAACUUUUGAGUGGACUUGAAGAAUUUGAUUUGGAAGACUGCAAAAAUCUUGCGAGUCUUCCGGUCACUAUAAAUGGUUUGAAAUCUCUUCAAUUAUUUAGUCUUCCUGGAUGCUCCAAACUUGAUAACUUGCCAGUCACUAUAAAUGGCUUGAAAUCUCUUGAAUAUUUUGACCUUUCUAGAUGCUCCAAACUUGAUAACUUGCCGGUCACUAUAAAUGGUUUGGAAUCUCUUAAAAAUCUCUACCUUUCUGGAUGCUCCAAACUUGAUAACUUGCCAGAGACUUUGGGGCGAGUUGAAAAGCUAGAGAGACUUGAUGUAACGGGAACUGCGAUAAGACGACCAAUGCCGUCCAUUUUUCUUUUGAAGAAUCUUAAAGAGUUAUAUUUUCGUGGAUGCAAAGUUCACUCAAAAGUUCAAUUGACAUUGCCUUCACUCUUCCCCAAGACUUUUAGAUUGCCGUCAGGUUUUUACGGAUCUUUAAGACACUUGGUUCUCGCUGAUUGCAACAUAGAGGAAGGCGCGAUUCCUAAUGACUUUUUCGAUAGCUUUCCUUUAUUAUGGAUGUUAGAACUAAGCAAAAACAAUUUUGUUUCACUACCUGGAAGCAUCAAUCAUCUUUCUAAGCUUUGCGGUCUUUUCUUGGAUGGUUGUAAGAGACUUCGAUCUCUACCAGAACUGCCAUCCAGCAUACAAAUUAUUGACGUAGAUGGUUGUGUUGCACUGGAAACAACAUCAAAUGCAUUAAGGUUAUGCAAUUCCAAGUUGUCAAUGUUUUCAUCUGUAAACUGCUUGAAAUUGAUCUGCUGCAACAAUCUGGCAUCUUCAAUGCCCAGAGAAUUCCUUAAGGCAAUGGCAAAGCCCAAAGAAAGUAGUUGGUGUUAUCAGAAGAUUAAUGAAUUUGGGAUGGUUAUUCCCGGAAGUGAAAUUCCAGAGUGGUUCCAACAUCAGAGUGAGACUUCUUCAAUUAAAAUAAAAAUGCCUCCAGAUUCUUAUGAUAACAAGAUAGUGGGAUAUGUUGUCUGCUGUGUUUUGGAUGUCUAUGAGCAUCAGCCUACCCAUAGUGAAGGUUAUUACAUGGGCACACAUGGGAUUUACUACACAAUGACCCCUAUCCUUCGAGGUGGAGAACGUAGGAUUCGUUUUAAAGAGAAUUCGGGCAAGGGUGGAGAACGUAGGGUUCGUUUUAAAGAGAAUUCGAGCAAGGCUCUGUCAGACCAUCUUGGGCUGUUCUAUUUUUCGGGGAAAAAACUCUAUCAUCAAUGUUCUGGCAAGCUUUCAUGUCCAAGAUCAAAGGUGAAGAAGUGUGGGAUACAUCCGAUAUAUGAGAAAGAAUUAAAAGAGUUGAAGGCCAAGAAAUCCAGUAGCUCUAGUUUUUGGAAUUCAUAUGAGUUGGAUGAAGAUUUUCUCAAAGAUGAGAUAUAUUUUUCAGCUAAUAAUGAACUACCGUACGUGUGGUAA